GGCAGACAUCACCAACACCUCCGACAGAAAAGAUUACUGUUCGUUUUUGCACCAUUCAAAAGGACUUUCUCACAAAGCUCGUUACAAAAUAUCUUCCAACUUUGGCAGUUAUGUGUUAGCAUGUGAGUCUGUUCUCUUUAAACUACAAGAAACUAGUUCUACUAAAUAGCAAGUUAAGUCUAUCAUGUUUCUCAACGCGAAGGAAUCGAAGCAUAAACUUGGAGCACUUUCUUCUUCCCGCAUUAAUGUCUUCACAGAGAACCGCAUCCCUGGAUGGUGAAGUCUACAAUGACCAACCAAAGCUCUUUUAACAUCAGUGAAGAGAAGCGUCUUGAAAUUCUGAAGGCGAUCAGCCACAGAGAGCUGGAGAGGCUGAUACCAUCCAUCGUCAUCCUCAGCAUCUUCUCCCUCACGGGCACCGUCGGGAACUCGGUCUCCGUCUAUGUCUUCGCCUCGCGCAUGAAGAAAAACUUCCAGAACAACCUGUUCAUCUAUCUCUGCAGCAUGAACAUCAUAGCCUGCGCCGUCUGCGUGCCCGGGAACAUCGUGGACCUGGUGUUCGCCUUCAACUACCCGUCCACAGAAAUUUGCAAGGCCACCAGGUUUUUUAACCUGUUUACAGUGACCGGCUAUGUGGUGACCCUGGGUACGAUCUCUGUGUACAGGCUGAGAGCGGCUAGUACAGCUAGUCUGACCAUGUCAGUCAAGAGGACCAGCAUAAGGGGAAUUGUAGGCAUUUUCAUAGCCAGCCUUGCAAUGGCUUGGUUAGGUGCCGUUGUUUAUGGCGUUCGUCGCACUCCAACGGGGGUGCAGGGCAUUAAAGGUCAAGACUGCUCCAUCGCAGAAGAGGUCUCCGACACAGCAUGGCCGGCCGGAUUUUAUUCCUUUCUGGGCAUUGGCUUCACCACUCUGGUGCUGACCGUAGCCAUUUCCUAUUACAGGAUCUGGCAGAUAGUCAAACGCAGCAAGACCACGGUGGCCGCACACACGACCAUCAACGUGGUGGCGCCCGUAGCCACGGGUCUCGCAGUGGUGACCAGCCCGCAGGAAAGGUCUGACCGACAAUCACAGGCCCAAGAAGGUGAAGAGCCCUUAAAGCAGGAUGUGGUUUCAGGGAUGUACGACCUCAUGCCGUCUGCAUCAUCGGUCUACCAGGAAGCUAGCGUGGACUACUAUUUUGAGAAAGAAGGAAGCGAUUUGUCCGCGCCUAGCGUAUCUAAAAUCUCGUGUGAUAAUUGGUUAAACCGGAAUACCCAAACCUCAUCACAAUCUAAAAAUAACAUCAAAAGUAUAACCACAACAGAUGUUUGUGGCGUCACAACGAUUUGCCUCCUUGACGACCAAGAUGGCGUUGUAAGUAAAGACAAAAUUUACGAACGUUUCAACAACAAUUUGUUUAAAAGGAAGAACUUUCCCCUCCUUAUUCAAACCACAGCUUGUCGACGUAACAAACGAAGCGGUCAGUUCAGAAGUAACCCUGAUCUUGCUUCCGUGGAGUUGGACGACCAAGCGUCCGCCUUGUUUAGAUCUCUGUCCGUUGUGGAACUAGGUCACAGAGGAAGCCAUGACCUGUCUAUGGCAGUGGAACCCCAAAAAUGCUCUUGGCUGGAUUUCAACAAAGAUUUGAUAGAAGCUUCUCCGAAAUGCAACAUUGGCAUGGAAGCCGAAGGCACAUGCCACGAUUCCACAUUUCUGCUCCAAAAGAAAAAAUCAGGUAGGAAGUCAAGCCUGGCAAACAUUACCCAGCUCAAUGCAACAGCUAAGAAAAACGAGUUGGAAACUGAUCCAUCUCUAAAUUCUAAAUUUCACCUUAACCCUUUUAAACCAGAGAAAGAGAACCUAAGCUCCCAAGAACAGUUUGUGUUUGCCAAUGUUGCUUCAAUGAACUCGGUCAUCUCUAAAUCUAGCACUGCAGUGCAGGUAGCCCCCAAAGACAAAAUCCAGACAGAUACUUUAUCGGAUAAAACAAAGAAUGACAGACUCCUAAACCUAGCCGCCACAUCAACAGAGCAGUCUUUAAUUCCUAUACAGACUACAGCGAAAACCAAAAACUCGAAAACAGCCUUGGAAAACGCCAUUACCCGGACGGCUUUUCUCCUGACCUUCACCUUUAUCGCCUCCUACGUGCCGUUUUUCGUGGUCAGCAUCCCUCACUUUUUGAUCGCAGACUUCGACUACACCCAGAACACAGCCACCCUGAAUGUCAUCAACAUGGCCUACCGCCUGUACUUCAUCAACCCGACCAUAAGCCCUUUCAUUUUCUGGGCCUCCAAUCUCGACUUCCGUCGGGGCAUUAAAGCAUUUUGUAAUAGAGAUUAGUGAAUCAUGCUGCAACAGUUUGCUUUCGAGAUAAGCAUGUCAUUCUUGCUUGAACUCCGAAUGACCUCGAUGGAUUUUCAGUAAUGAAUCUAUUUCUUUAGGCAGCUUUCAUACAGGCGACUGUGAAUCGAACAUAGGGUAAAAUUAAUUCAGUUAGAGUGCAGAUGGCUCUAUUGUUAUCAAACAAAAACUGCUUAAAUUGUUGUGUAAAUAAUGUUUUCAAUAUAGAUGUUUAUCCUUUUCUGUCUAAUUAAGUCAAUAGGCACAGAUAUACAAUAAAAUACGACGAGUAUUUUAAAAUGUGAAAGCUUUUUUUUUUAAAUUACGUAAAAUUUUUUUUUUUUAUAAAAUGGAAUUAUGGGAUGUGUGGAUAAGCGGUUUAAUCCGGUGAGGAGGGUUAGUUUAAAUCCUUAUUUAGCCUAGAAAUUUAGCUAAAGCUGAAUAGUAGCUAAAACAAGCGUCUAAAGACUCAAAAUUUAAGGAAAACGAUGAAUUUUUAUUUAAAAAAAAAACAAGCAAUUUAGUCUGUUUAACUCUAGUUUUGCAGAUUUAAAACUAUUUCCGAGCUGACAAAAAUAUUGUUUUUAUUGCGAUAUGUCUUUAUGUAUGUAGCUUUUUUCUUCUUCUUCUUCCCAAGCCUGUUAUCUCCAUCUCCAGUGAUUCGAAUCCUGCUAGAAAAUUGAAUGCCAUCGUAUGGCUUAAUAGUUAUUUAUUUCUUCAAAACGACAAGAGCUAAAAAAAAAACCGUCUAUACCAGUAAAAAUUCUACACCGAUCU